AUGGAAGAAAGUUCCAGCGUUCCUGAGAGUGAUAACUCCCGAGAGAGAUAUGUUGAGGGUGUGGAUCCCCAACCACCUGCGGAUGUGUUUUCCCAGGAAAUCACCGAGACAGUGAAUGUCUUGGUAAGUGACGGAUCAAGUGUAAACGCUUAUACACUUGAUCUGGUUACACCUCCGAAGUCAGCUUUGGAGGUAGUCAAGUUGCCAACGCUAGAAUCUAAAAGAUUCUUGCGAGAUCUGCGUAGUGACAAGAUCAAGCAGAUCUGCGUACUCGUCACAGAGGACGGGUACGUCACCGAUAUACGUCCGGCACAAGCGUUUGCUGAGAACGAACUGGUUCUCAGUAGCUCAUCGAUGGACGAGAGUGUCAUCGAUGAGAAGACUCGGAUUGAGCGAUACACGUCUCAAUAUUGGGAGUCUUUGAAGACAAAUCCUUUGUAUAAGGAUUUGGUUGAAUUCAGGGAUGUUUCCCUGAAUCCGUGCCAUGCGAGCUGCCUAAGGACAAAGGCACUCGGCAUGAGAUUGAACUGA